ACCAGAAACUGCAUACCAAAAUCGAUUGCAUUGUGCACAGAAUUACAGAUCUGAUAGUGACGGGCAGAUUCCAGCUUGUUAUUAAAGGCGUCUGUGUCAGCAUGGAUACGGUUUCCAUUUCUAGAGAGCGUGAUGAUGCUGAAAUCAUAGAUUCGUCCACAACAGAGGGACCUUCUCAGAAUGCACCUCAAAGUGAGAUCCCUGAGGUUUCUCUGUGUCCACCAGACAAUGACAGCAUGGAUGGUCAGAUGAGUGUGGUCAAGAUAGAGGAGAACAGCAGCAGUCCAUCCAAGUCACACAACUGUACUCUCCUCCACCGCCAAGUAACACAGGGCUCCGCCUAUCACUCACCACAGCCCAAAAGAUGCCCCUGCUGUGGCCACAAACAGUCACUUGAAAGCAAUGCCUAUCCUGUUAAGACUGUCCAUAGGUGCAGUCCAUCUCGCCUGCCUUCAGGUCAUAAUAAAAUGCAAUGCCAUUGGCUUCAUGGAUCUCAAGAUGGCAGUAACCACAAGCCUGUACAAUGUCACAUGGUGACAGUGAGGAAUGAUGGUCUACGUAGGAUUCCAAGAAGCUAUUCACAGGUCAUAGUGGAAUACCCAGUGGCCGUACUCAUUUCAUGUACAGUAGUUCUGUUUGCUUGUUCUCUUGCUGGGAUUUUGACUGGACCCCUGCCAGACUUCUCUGACCCUUUAUCGGGAUUUGAACCUCGUGGAACAGAAAUCAGCAUCAGGCUCGCAACCUGGAUGAGAUUACAGCAGAACACUGGGCCUGGAAAAUCACUGUCCCCAGCUCCAUGGCAACUCAGAGACAGAAAUACAGCAGGAGAGGACACAAGUAGAUCUCAACCUCAAUUACAACAACGGCCAAGGAGAAUGUUGCACAGAGAUUACACUGAGCACAACUUUUUCUGUAACGCCCCAGGAGAGCAUUAUGCUCAGCUGGUCUUCCGUUCAGGAAACUCUGCCAGUCUCUGGAGUCUAAAGGCAAUUUACUCCAUGUGCCAGAUGGAACAGACACAGAUCCGUUCUGGGACCCAAUUUGAUCAUCUUUGCCAGGUCAGAUCAGACUUAGACAGCUCCAUGGCGAAGAAUGAGUGCUGUCCAAGUUGGUCUCUGGGAAACUAUUUGGCUCUUCUCAACAAUGUUUCCUCCUGCUUCAGUCUGACUGCCCAACAGGUGUCUGAAAGUCUAGGUCUGCUCAGAUUCUGUGCUCCUUACUACCAUGAUGGAAGCCUGGUAGCAUCAUGUACUGAGAGGAGUAAAUUUGGCCGCUGUGCAUCAGUCCCACACCGCUGUAAGCAGCCAAUUAUCUUCCAGAUUCUUCACUACCUUGUGGACAAAGACUUCUUGGGGCCACUGACUGUUGAAUAUAAGGUCCCAUCCCUAAAAUAUAGUCUUCUAUUUCUACCAGUUGAGAAAGGAGAUCCAUUGAUGAAGAUAUAUUUGGACCAUCUAGAUGGUCAUGAGCUCACGAACAAUAUGACCACUAUAACAGGAAUGGAUUUGGGCAUUAAACAAAAACUUUUCAAGUAUUACUUGGCACGAGACUCUGUCUAUCCUCUUCUUGCAGCUCUUGCUCUUUUGCUCACAAUGGGCCUAUAUCUCAAAUCACUACUUAUAGCAGCAAUGUCACUGGUUGCUGUAAUAUUAUCACUUCUCACCUCAUAUUUUUUCUACAAAGUUGCAUUUCGGUUAACAUUUUUUCCACUCCUUAAUCUCGCAUCAGUCCUUGUUCUUUUAGGAAGUAGUCUAAAUCAAACCCUCAUUUUUGUUGACUUUUGGAAACUACAGCUAAGCCACAACCCGCCAGCUAUCCCUGAGAAGAGAAUGAACCGGGUUUUACAGGAAAUGGGAUACUUGAUAUUAGUAUCAGGACUUACAUCUAGCAUUACAUUUUACUCAGGCUACAUUAGCAGCAUCACAGCUGUGAGAUGCUAUGCUGUAUACCUUGGCAGUGCCUCAUUAAUCAACACAUUAUUUGCUCUUGUUUGGCUUCCGUGCACGCUUAUUUUGCAAGAACGCUAUGCUGUGCUAUCUUCUAACCCUAUUACAAAGUCAGAGUGGAAGCCCUGCUGUUCAAAAAAUGCUGGUGGAUUCUGGGAGACAAGUUCAAGAAAGCGCUGUCUUUUUACAUUGAGACAGAAGCUUCGGACGCUAGGGCGAGGGUUUUCUGACACAUCAAACCUGCUGUUUUUAAAGAUCCUGCCUUGUGGAGUAGUAAAAUUCCGCUAUAUAUGGAUCUGCUGGUUUGCAGUGUUGGCAGCUGGGGGAACAUACAUAUCGUGUGUGGACCCUGGCAUGAAACUGCCGACUUCGGAUGGCAGGGCAACUCAAAUGUUCCGAUCUAGUCAUCCCUUCGAGAGAUAUGAUGCUGAAUAUCGCCACCAGUUCAUGUUUGAGCGAAUGAAGCAGGGAGAAGAUGAGCCCAUGACAAUGACUCUAAUUUGGGGUGUCAUUCCAUCAGACGAAGGUGAUCACUUCAAUCCAAAUAGCAAUGGCUCUUUAUCUAUGGAUCCGGAGUUCAAUAUGAGCAGUCCCCAAGCCCAGGUGUGGUUGCGAGACUUAUGUGGAAAAAUUCAAAACCAGAGCUUCUAUUCAGCAAUUUCAGCUGACCAAGAAGCAGUGGAAGACAAUGUGUGUUUCAUUGAAAACUUGAUUCACUGGGUUUCCAUACACCGCUGUUCUAAAAGUGCAGAUGCAUUUAGUUUCUGCUGUAAUAACAUUCCCUUUCCUUACCCGCCAAGUUUUUUCGAGCAGUGCCUUAGCAUGAUGGUGGCAGAGCAGCAAACAGAGGGCCACUUACCAAAUGCUGGAGGCAUACGGUUUGACUCAGAGGGUCGAAUCACUGCCCUUGUGGUAUUGUUCAAAACUGUCCAACUUUAUAGUUUCAACUUCAGCAGAAUGUCGCAAUUCUACCAAGAGGUUUCAUUGUGGUUUAAUGAAGAAAUAUCUAAGGCUCCAAUGGGAUUGCAGAAAGGAUGGUUUGUAAGCCAGUUAGGUUUAUAUGAUCUUCAGCAAAGUCUGAGUUCAGAGACAUUAGAAGUGGCAGGCUUUUCAGUAGCCCUCACAUUUGCAAUGCUCCUGCUCACGACAUGGAAUAUUCCACUAAGCAUAUAUGUGUCCAUUGCUGUGGGAGGAAGUGUUUUUGCUACCGUUGGCCUCCUCGUGCUUUUAGAAUGGCAGUUAAAUGGUGUGGAAGCACUCUUCAUAUCGGCAGCUGCAGGUCUCUCUGUUGACUUUGUUGCCAAUUACUGCAUUUCAUACAGUCUGGCCCCACACAAUGACAGACUGGGCAGGGUUGCACAUUCCAUAAAGAGAAUGGGUUGUCCAGUAGCUAUAGGUGCUGGAGCUUAUUUUUGCGUAGGCAUCAUUAUGCUACCCGCAACCGCACUGGUUUUCAGGAAGCUUGGAAUUUUUCUCCUGCUCGUUAAGUGUGUGGCGUGCGGCUUCGCCACUUUUUUCUUCCAAUCAUUGUGCUGCUUCUUUGGCCCUCAAAAGAACUGCGGGAAAGUAAUCCUACCAUGUGUCAUAAAGGAGGAAUCUCCCUGUUCAGUUGCAGAACCUGGGACUGCCAAUCCCUCAGCUAAUGGGGCAUUUGGCUGUGGCACAGGUUCUCGAGUUCGAAGGAAUUUUAAUAAAGAAAGUGAUGGUUUCCUCUGCCCCAAUCAGCAGAACCACAGAAAGCGGCAACCCGGAGGGAGGGAGACAGAACAGUAUGAGCUUCAGCCUCUUGCCUGCCAGUUGAGCGACAGCUUUGAGAAUAGCACUUGCACCAGCAAACUGUCCAACAGACCUUCUGUCCUUUCUGAUGAUAUUCAGUUCUGUGGCCUUAGUCCAAGGCAAGACUACGAUCAUGUCAGCACUGAAGCUGACACCGAAGAAAUGUGUAGCAGGCACCUUAAAGGCUGCAACCCACCUCCAGCACUACAGACCUCAUCCCCGUACAAAGACAAUAUGUUGCGUCCUAAAGUUGCUCCUCCACAAGAACUGUCUAAGGAGAAGGUUUUGUGCAAGAAAUGCCGAAGCCAGUCUAGCAGUGGGCUCCAACUUUGGAAUGUGUCUUUGUCAUCUUCCUCUAGUAUGGAAGAAAUCAUUAUUACUCAGACUACAGACACAGUAAAUGAAAGGUCGCUCUCAAUAGAUGAGACCACUAGCUGUCAUCUACAUAAACGUCUUCUGUCAUGCCAGUCUCAGAGCUCCAUGGAGGGUCUGGAAGAUUCCAAUGAGACCUGCCUAAGUGACGUUGAGCCUGUUAUCUCUGUCCCUCAAGCUGUUAAGACGGAGGGAGCAUUACAACCUGGCCACCUAAAUGGCAAGAGGGACACCUUACGUCUCUCCUUAAAGGAUACGGUAUAUGACCUUGCCUCUCCAGGGUCUGGCAGGGUGAGGACCACCCAAAGUGAAGUGCCAGUGAUUCUGCCUAACAGUAAACCUGAUAUGCCAGAUGUUUGGAUCAAAAGGGAAGGAAAAGGGGAAGGUGGCAGCUAAUCAAUACUGUCAACACACUGAGCAAAUAUAAACAACAACAGUAUGGCCAGUACUUUAUAUGGUGAACUGAACUUUUUUCCUCAGCAGCUUAUUUAAUUUUUGAAGCUGUCUGAAAAUGCAUACCAGACAAUAGUCUGCAAACACAAUGAGGCAAUUACACAAUUUGCAAAAAUGUUUAUAAGUAUUCACAGUGCUCCCAUAAAAAGUGCAGAAGACCGAUUUUUAAGCAUUAAUCCUUGCAUGCCAUGUAAAUAUACACUGAAUGUGCACCCACAAAAGCCUUUGAAAAAGCCUUUCUUCAAGGGGUUUGAACUGCAAAUACAAAAAUUUCAAACAGGUUGUGCAAUUGUGCCUGAUCUUUAACACAACCAAGCCAUGAGCUUUUCAAUCAAGCCUCAUAAUCUUGAAAAAGUCACUAUCAUUAUGUUAUCAGUUUCUUUGCUUUAUGUUCUUUAGCCCUUAAAAAUCAAGAUGCCAAUUAAUCUAAAUAACUUUAUUAACUAGUGCACUUGAAAAGGAACAGAAGCACUAGUUAUUUCACAUUUUAUGCAUAACCUAUGUGUUAGCCCAUUACUGAUUUCACACAAAUACAUUUGGGUGUAUAUUAACAUAAAAGUUGUGAGGAAACAUCCUUUUGUUAUUGCCAGACCCUUAAAAGUACCUCUUUUAAAAAAAGGGAAAGAUCAAUUAUGGCCACUUACAAGAAUGUUCUCUAGUUAGAAUACCUCAGUGUGUGGACAUUUUUCACUAAAGCCCCAAACAGAUUUCUAAUUUACUGCAAUACUACAAUUAAACCCUAUAAAAGAGUUAUUUCUAUGUUUAGUGUGUAUUUGAAAGAUAAGCAUUUAUCAGAAUGCAAAAGUUUGUAUGUAUCAAGUGGUGUUUUGUGAUGUGCACAAACAUGUAAGUAAUUUAUAAAUUUGAACCUUAGCAGCAGCCAUUGUUACCAGGUCAUUUUAAAAGAUUAACCAGUUACGGAGGGUGUUCUGUUUUGCUGCAUACCGCAUCUUUUAGAUAUUCAGUUUGGUUUAAUAUUAUUUCAUUAAGGCCAAUGGAUGUGUCCUUGACAUUGUCAAAACAUCUUAAAAAUACAAAGUGCCAAAAUUUUAAAGGUAAGAAUGAUUUGUGCCAAAAUGUUUUUUUUUUUUUUUUUUUGAAAAUAUGCAGCUGUAUUAUAAAACCUGCUGGUGUGGAACUCCUGUUGUUAAAAGCCUGUACGUAAAGUCAGAUUUCAAGUUGUGUCUGAAAUGUCUGAAGAUAAACUAUGAUGAAGUUUAAUAAACAUUUAUUUUUAAAGGUGGUU